AUGGAUAAUUAAGAAAAAAUAGAAACUAAAGAUCUAUAAAUUAACAUUAAUUAAGAUUCAGAAAAUAAUAGUUCUGUUAUUACUAAUCAAUUAAAUUCUCUUAAACAUGAUUUGGAUGAAAAUUAAUCAUAAUAAAAUGAAAUCGUAUCAAUCAAUGAAGAUUAUUAGCAUAAACUUAAUUUAGCUUUAUAGUAGAAUGAAUCUCUUGCUUAGUAAGUAUUACAAUUGAAAGAGGAGUCUUAUUAAUAGAAUCAAAAGAUAGAGUUGAAUAUUAUAGAAUAUUAAACACUAAAUAAAACUAAUGAGAAAACUAAUAUGGAAUUAAAUCAAAAGUAUGAUAAAGUAUGUUAAGAUUUCGAAUAAGAAAUUUAGAAACUUUAAAAUGAAAAAUAAGAAUCACUUACAGAGAUAUAUAAUUUAAAAGAAUAAGUUUAAUAAAUUUCUCAAGAUCAUUAAAAAGCGUAAGAAAAAAUUUAAGAUUAAACAGAAAUUAUCUAUCAAAUUGAAUAAUAAAAUCUUCAAAAUUAAAAUAUUUUAUCAAUCAAUUCUAAUUUAACAAAAGAAAUUGAAUCUCUUAAUAAGUUAAUCAAAGAUUAAUAAUUGCAGAUUGAUACAUUAAAUAGAAAUCUAAUAAAUUAAUUAUAAUAAGAAAAAGAAUCAUUUAUAUUAGAGAAAUAGUAAUUAUAGACUCAAUAUGAAACUUAUUAAUAAGAAUUAUUAAAUGAAAUUGAAGCUUUAGCAUAACUUUUGAAAAAAUCAGAGUUAGAACAUUAAUAGAUUGAUGCCUCUUAUGAAUUGAGUAGAAAGGAAAUUGAAAUAUUAAGUGAAAAAAAUUUAGAAUUAGAAAACUUAAACAAGGAUUUGACAUUGCAAUUAGAAACAUUUAAAAUUAAUUAAGAAUAAAUAUAAGAAUUGAAUCUACAACUUUAAAAUUAAUAAAAAAAUCUUAAAGAACAAUUAAUGUUAGAAGUGGAAUAAAAAAGUCAAGAUUUAGAUCUUCUUAAUAAAUAGAUUUAAAAUGAAUUAUAGGAUAAAUUAUAGCUUUAGUAAAAUAAUGAAGUUUUAUCAGAAAAAGUUUAAGAAUUAGAAAAUAUUGUAAUAUAACUGAGAAAUUAGUAGAAAAUACAAGAAGAAAAAACAUAAUUAGAGUAUGAAGUAUUGUAAAUAAGUUUGGAAGAAGCUCAAGAAAAAGAAAAAGAAAGUUUAGAAUAAGAAAAUCUAAUUAAAAUUAAAUUUUAAGAAUUGAGUUAAAAGUAUGAAAUAUUAGAACAAGAAAUUAAGUAAAAUAAUCAAUAAAUGAACGAAGAGAGAUAAAUAUUAAAAGAAGAACUUCAAUAUUAUUAAAAUUUAUGUGAAGAGUUAAAAAAUAAUUUAGAUUCAAUAAAAAAAAAUCAUAAAAAUGAAUUAGAAUAAUUAAAAAUAUAAAUGGAUGAAUAAAAUAAACUCAAUUAUGAAUAAGAAAGAUAAAAUAUUAAGUAGCAAUUACAAAUAGAAAAUUAGCAAUAAUCUGAAUUUAUUUAAUAGUACUAAGAUAUACAUGCUAAUGAAAUAAAAGUGUUGCAAGAUGAAAUAAAAAGAUUAGAAGUUCAAAAUUAAGAAUAAAAGAAAUAAUUAAUGGAUUAACUAGAAAAAAAAGAAAAAGAAUAUUAAUAAGAAGUUGAUUUAUUAACUAGAUAGCGCAUGGAAUAAGAUGAAAUGAUAUAAACAUUUUAAAAAUCUUAAAUGCUUUUAAAAGAGAAGGAAUCUUAGAUAGAUCAAUUAAAUUUAUAAUUAUGUGUUAAUUAAGAAGAUUAAUAUAAUAUGGAAUAAAAAUAUGAAAACACAUUGUUAUUAUAAAAAUAAAAACAUGAAUCAUAAAUUGAAGAUUUACAUCGAUUGAUUCAAGAAUUGAAAUAAUAAUUAGAAACAGUUGAAAGUGAAGGUAAGAUGAUGUAAAAUAGUUUAAAUGAUAUGGAAGUAUUAGAUUUUAAAUGUAAGGAAUUGAAAACUGAAAAUGAUGAAUUAAAGUAAAAAAUUCAAGAAAAAUAAACUUAAAUUGAUGAAUUUAAAUUAAAGGUUGAUUUUAUUGAUGAUAAAGAUGAAGAAGAAUAAAAUAAAGAUGCUUAAAUAGAAGAAUUGAAAGCUUAUAUAAUAAAAUAAGAAGAAGAUUAUUCAGAAUAAUUUGAAAAAUUGGGUAUCUAGAUUGAAAAAUCAAAAAAUUAAAUAAAAGAAUUGGAGUAAGAAAAUUAAGAUUAAAAAAAAAUAAUUGCAUAAUAUCAUACUUAAGUGCAUUCAUAAUAAGUUUAAUUAUAAUAAGUGAUAUAAUAAUAAUAAAAUAAAUAAAGUUGUGAUUCAGGAAUUAAUUAGAAUAUUUCAAAUCCAUAUGUAUAAAAUUAAUAACAAUCACACAAUUAAGAAAAAACAGUAACAAUUCCAGUUAAAGAGUUAUAAAAUUGGGAUAAGAAAUCUAAAGAUUAAUUAAAUUAAAUAAAAGUAUUAUAAACAGAAUUAUUAUAAUUAAAAUAAUUAUAAGAGGAAUAAACAAAAGCAUAGAAUACUAAAUAACAAAAAACUAAUCUAUCAAUGGAAAGUUUGGUUUAAAAAUGUUAGGCUUUAUAAUAAAUAAUCGAUGAUAGUAGUGUUAUAAAUUCUAAAUUGACUUCAGAGUUAGGAUGGUUCAAAUAAUAAAAUUCAUAAUUAAAAGAAGAUUUAAAAUUAUGUAAUUCUGAACUGCGAGAUUUAAGAAUAAUUUCUUAAAAUAAAUUUAAAUUAGAAAGUGAACUUUAGUAAGCAUUAAAUACAUUAUCUGAAUAUUAAGACCAAUAAAAAGUAAUUGUUAUAUAGUUAUUUAGUUAAUCAAAAAACUUGGAGAUGAAAAUUAGAGAUUAAAAGAAGAAUUUGAGAAUACAUCAAAGUAAUUUAAAUAAAAUGAGAAAUAAAGAAUAAAAGUAAAUAAUUAUUUUAUGAUUUUUAGUUAUAAGAAAAAUAUGAUGAAGUAUGUGAAGAAUUAGGAAAGGUGAAAAAACAAGGGUAAAAUAUAGAAUUAGAAUUGGAUUAAAAAUCACUUAAAUUAAAAGAUUUGGAGAAGAUCUUGUCAACAUAAUUUUAGGAAUUUUCUAUUUUAGAAUAAAAAUAUAAUGAUUAAAAUUAGAUAAAUGAUGAUUUGAGAAAUUAAUUGAGAAUAAAUUAGAAGAGAUAUUCCUAAGAAAUAGAAUAGUUAACAUAGGAUUUAAUGUUGAAAUAAAAAAAAUUAAUAUAAUUAGAGGAAUAAAGCCAUAUUAUGUCUAAAGAUUUAUAAAUAAUGCGAGAUAUGUAAUUUAGAUAAAAAACAGUGAUAGAAGCACCAUUAACGAAGAAAGAAAAAAUAGUAGUAGAAUCUUUGGCAAAUAGAGUAUAAGAACUAGAAAUUCAAAAUAAAACUAUGAAAGAUUAAUAUAAUUCAAAAAUUAUUAGUUUGACAAAUUAAUUAGAAGAAAAAAUAAUCUACAUAUAAUAAUUGGGUUACAAUCUGAGCAAGGCUUAUCCUAAUUUGUCAGAGUCAGACAUGUAAUAAAUUUUGAUUAUUAAUUUUAGAAUUGAUAAAGAAGAUAGAAAAUUGAUAUAAUCAUUAAGAAAUAAAUAGAAUAUACAAGAUAUUUUAGAAGUAAAAAUAAAUUAAAUAUUUAGAAAACAAUGAUUGAAAAUUUGUAAUUAAGAGAUCAGAUAAAAUUAUUAGGGGCUGAAUUGAAUAAAAGAAGAUGA